AUGUCUAUCAUUUCUACUUCUGCAUUAUCUAGUCCCAUUAAUAACAUCAAAAAUUUUGCAUAUAGUAUUUUAAAAACUCUAAAAGAUAGUAUUGUUAAGGGUAAAAAAAUUUCAAAUUUAAGUAAUUGUUCGGAAUGUAGGAAAGAAAUUAUUUUGUUUCCUCUUAAGGCAUUUACAAUACUAUCUUGUGGAUAUGUGUUUCAUAGACUUUGUAUUGAAAAAAACUUUUAUUUACAAUUCCAAAUAUGUCUAUUUUCUGGUUAUAGUAAGAAGGUUAAAAUUAUUGAAACAGGACAUAGAAGUAGCUCUGAAUCAAAAGAAGAUAUGUCAGAUGUAGAUAAUAAUAAAGAUGGUGAAGCUAAUCAUCCAACAGACCAAAGCAUUAUCUCUUUAAAAAAAGAAUCCUGUAAAAGACCUAGUAAAGAUAUCCCUGAAAAUAAAUUAUCUAGUAAGAAAGUAAAGACUAAAGACAGAAAUGUAUCUAUGUUAAAAAAACUUAUUGAGGAGCUGAAAUCGCCAAGUUUUUCAACAAGUAGUACCACUUCUCAGGCUGAAUCUAUCACAAGCCUGAGUAAUUUUUUUGAUUUAUACAGUGCAAUUGUUAAGACUAAAGAACGAAUUGAAAGUGUAAAUUAA